UAUGUAGAGAACACAGGCCGGGGAUAUGUGGACCGUGAGGCUGCUUGGCUGUUACCUGUAUUAUGUAUAUGCAACUAGUGUCAUCAUAUCCGCUGAGACACAACGCAUCUCUGUCAACGAGACGAAAAGCAACUGGUGGGAUGCCAGGAAAAGCUGCAGGAUGGAACCGGGGAGAGAUCUGUAUAUCUCAGAUACACACUUCCUCCCUCAGAACCUACACAGCAAUACUUCCUACUGGUUAGGAGCCAUGAGGUAUUCAACAUGGAUAUGGACAGAAGAUGGUACUCCACUCUACAAGUAUGAUGGGUACACAAGUCUACGGCUGGCGAAGAAUCCAAAAUCGUUGCUUUAUAAUUCCAUUUACGAGUGUCAGCUAAGAUGUGCUUCCAACAGUACACUGGGCCUGAGCGGACAAGAGUGUUAUUGUCUCGAACAAUCUCACACAGUAAACAAUAAGAGUGCAGGCGGGAUGCCGUGUCCAGGAAACCCAGAUGAAAUGUGUGGUGACGCAGGUGGGAUGUCAGUCUAUACACGUGAUACUGGAGGGCUCGGGUUUACACCCACGAGGACUGGAGUAUGUGCUUAUUUGCAAAGGAAACGAGCAACAACAAUUAAGCUUGACUAUUACUUCAACUGUAUACAAGGAAGAAAGCGUAGAUCUGCAUAUUAUCCCCACGAUAGUCUUCCAGCAAGCUGCAGCGGGAGGGUGUGUGUGUCGGCGGGAGUCAAAUCCUGGAUACAGGCCCAUAAGUCAAAUGAUUUGAUCAAACUAAACGCUUCGACAGCAAAAGAUGUACUAAAUUCUUCUGGAUUUAAAUAUCCUUUUUGGAUUGGUCUCACAUUGAAAAGCACAACGAAAUGGGUCGAUGGGGAAUCUGGAUAUGAAGAUCACCAUCCGUGGAUUCGUUCACCAACAUCAACAUGCCUAGCUUUGAGAAAUAAUGGACGUUGGAUGACGUACAUGGUUCCAUGCCAUUUACAACUUGCUUUUAUUUGUGAAGUGUCAACGUCAACACUAUCAUCAACUCAGUCCCCAUUGUCAAGGGGAGAUUCCACGAUUGAACCUUCCCACCCUUCAACCGACAGUCAGUCAGGUGUACGUGCUGAUGGUCCGAGGGGUGUAAUCAUCGGACUGGCUAUGGGCAAUGUGAUUUUCCUCUUGACAGUUAUCGCUGUUGUGAUUCUCCUGCAGAGGCAACGCAAACUGAAUUUGAACAUAAAAGAAAGGAAUCAGCUGAUGAACUCCACAGAAAACACGACCUACGAUGGUCUCGGGAUACAGACAGACAGUGGAGCAUAUUCGGUUGUAACCCCUGACACACUGGACGGGCAGCCAUUCACUGCUGUUCUUGGGGCGACAGUGAACCUCAACGCUCACACUGGCAAAGAUUACGUCAACAACCGUGAGACCGGGGAGGUUCAGUACCACAUCCUCGAGGAGCGCAGCUCUGGAGAAAGAGGAAAAAGUGACGUUAGUUUGUAUGAACAUACGGAAACAGCGGAAGGACACUACGACACCACAAGACAAGAGGAAAGGUUGAGAAAAGCAGAAGGAUCGUACAGUCACAUCGGCGCGAUAAAUAAGGGGUUUGAAGACGGUGACUAUGAUGUCGCUAAUGCAGGACUGGUUGUCAACAGGUUUGAUGACACCUACAACCAUACGUCUGAUACUAAUGUUAGGCCCACUGAUAACUAUAACACAUAA